UGUAGUGUUAUAUACCACAGCCUUUCUUCGUUCUUCAUAUUUCUCUUUCGAUCCUUCUCAAAUACAAAUCCAUAUCUUUUUGAAAGGUUGUAUAGGCCGAUAUCUUAGUUUCAGCUUCGAUAUAUCAUUCAAAGGAGGUGAUGUCCUUAUUGACUGGAUUUUGGUGUUGGAAAUAACAGCACAUGAGAUAUAGAACUUCUUAUUUUUGCUUUUCCCUUCAACCACAGCUUGGCUACAAUGGAUAUAAUACAUCAGCUAUCUGCAAGUGUUUUAAUGACAUUGGUGGGGUUGCUUGUAACGGACGUUACCAUGGCCUCAUUCAGAAGGUGCUCUACGACCAAUGAAUCGAUAAACUGCUAUGGCAGGAACCUCAAUCGCAUACCAAGGAUACCUUCUUCAGUGACGUUCGUGAACUUGGCAAAUAACAAUCUUGAUAGUGUCCUGGGUGAGAGUUUUGAAGGGGCCGUUUCUCUGAAGGUACUGUCCCUCGACAACAACUCGAUUCAGUAUCUCCAAGCUGCCUGGGGGAGAGACGUCGGAAACCUUUUCCGACUGUCUUUGAACAACAAUCUUCUGACUGCGAUGCACAACGCAACGCUCCUUGGACUCGGUGACUUAACAAACAUUCUUCUGUGUCACAACAAAAUCAAAACCUUGUUUCGAGGAUGGUGCGACGGCGCUGAAAAUAUCUCACGCAUAGACUUGUCCGAAAACCAAAUCUCUUCGAUUGAUUUCACAAAUUGGUGCUCAUUUUCGCGCCUAGAAUACUUAAACCUUUCAAACAAUAAAAUUAAGCACUUACAUAGCAAUUGGACUGAAGGAAUGGUUAAUCUCGAGUAUCUUGACCUGCAGAAUAACAACCUUAAAGUAUUAAGGUAUGUUUCGUUCAGUUUCCUGACAUCGCUCUUUGAUCUGAGAAUCCGUAACAACUCUAUCGAGACGAUAGAGGUUGGCUGGGGAAGGGACCUUGGGAAGCUGGCGACUCUACAACUUUCGAAAAAUAAACUCAGGCGCCUCCAACCAAGUUCAUUCUCUGGAAUGACCAGCCUAACCCGAAUCGAUUUGCAAUCAGCGAAUGUAAGGACAAUACAAAAUUCCUUCAAUCGUUUGGAAGGCCUUGAGGAACUGUCAUUGCAGUAUAAUUCCAUAGCUAUCAUCCAUGAAGGAGAUUUCUCUGAUUUGAGGUCGGUGGAAACAUUAAGUCUCCAAUCCAAUGCGAUCUAUCAUCUUGAACCGAGAUCGUUUCGGGGAAUGGAUUCUCUUGGUAGCCUCUACCUUAACAACAACAAAAUAGUGACGCUGAUGCCAGACACCUUCGCCGGACUUCGUAUGCUAACACACCUAUAUCUCCAGAACAACAAUAUUGGUUAUUUGUCUGACUGUUGGAAUAUUGACCUCGACAACGUGGUCUUCAUUGACAUGGGGAGGAAUAACCUUACCAGCAUAGAUACCGAACUGUCAAACUGUAGCCAUUCUACAACUCCAGGUAUUGACACCAUUUGGACUCUCACUUCUCUGGAGAUACUGUAUCUUUCCAGGACCCGAAUAGAAUCUCUCCUACAUAGGGGAAUCUUCCAAGGUUUAGUCGAGUUGCGUUCCUUGAUAUUAUCAUAUUGCGAUCUUCAAUCUAUCGAAGAAAUUUUCUUUGAAGGCCUUCAAUCCAUGAAAUACAUCGAUAUAUCAAACAACUAUAUUGUUCGGUUAGAUUCGUUCGCAUUUAGAUCCGUUCCUUCGUUAAUAGGAAUAAAUGCAAGAUCAAACGAAAUUUCUUCCAUGGGGUCUUAUACAUUCAGCGGGAGACGGUUGUUAUUUGUUGAUCUACGAAAAAAUGCCCUGCAAACACUCUCUCGGGAUGUACUACCGAAUAGGAUUGGUGAAUUCGAACUGCGUCUGUCUCAAAACCCCAUUCAAUGUGACUGCAGGGUAGAAUGGUUACACAAACUAAUAACAAACAAUCGCAUUCGAAUGGUGGACAUUUCUUUCUUAUCGACGUUAGACCUUAUUUUACCGCAGGGCAGGUCUGACGUCACGAACAUAAAGUGUGUAAACUUUAAAAAUAAGCGACUGACCUCAAUUCCGAUAAAUUUCCUCCCUUGUGAUCCAUCAUGGAAACUUAAGAGUAACGUAACCACGCCGUUGACAUCUCAUUUUGAUGUCCUACCAAAGACUACAUCCUCAAGGCAACUGCCGUUGACUAAACUGUUGACCCAAGGCAGCAUGUCUACAAAUGACCCAACAGUGCCAUCUUUAGGUGAUGUAAUCAAAGGAACAGGGGAAUUACCGAAAGGGGAUAAUGAUGCAUUCAAUGUCAGAGGAUCAUCUCCAUUAAUAUCUAAUCUCACGAUUUCCUUUCUUAUUGUUGGACUGAUUUUGGUAGUCGUCCUUAACGGAGUCAAACUUUCACCAUGUGGACGAAACUGCAGAAAAAUAUCUAUCAAGGCAAGAUCAGUUAUUUAUCAAGAUAUCAACAACAGUCUGGUAACGGAACCUGUGACAGGGCCUCAUGAGGAUCUUGAAGAUGACGAUCAUAGACAAAUCAACAGAAACUUCCCUGUGUUAGGUCACAUUCGUUUAUCACAACGUGACAUCAGACCCGAUCAUCCUCCACCUCCCAUACCCCCACGGCCUGAAGACUUGGUGCAAGCAUUCGACCGGAAACAUUUUUCAGAUCCAAAUAUUCUACAAGCGGACGAUAAUGUAGUUCUUAGCGAGAUGGUGGUAAAACACACAUAUUUAUGCAGAGGCAAAGGACAUGUUGUAGGUAACCAAAGAAAAGACCGCUUGGUCACAGCCCAUGAUCAGGAGGCAGGAAGUCGCGCGUGUGAGACGUUGACUAAACCAAUGAUCCGCCACAUUUAUCAUCGUAACCUCGUCCCAGCUGCAGAAAAAUGUCCAGAAAGAAAGGGUAUCCACAUUAAUGCAAAUAAUCGUGUCGUCACAGAGGCAUUGAUUCACGCUGAAGCCCCGGGCUCGAGAUUCACCAGAAGUGAAACGACAAGAUAUCCACAAGAACUGUCUGGAGUGUUUGCUGCUGUUACCCAUCAAGUUCUGGCAAAAAGACACAAUUUCUUUGAUCCACAUCGAAGCUCAUACGAAGCCUCAAAUGAAUCGUCAUUUAUACGGGCGGACGAUUUUGAGAGAGACUGUGAAAGCCACGAAAACAGUUACGACGAUGGCGACUCAUCUGAUGCGAGUAUAUAUAAUGCAAAUCACGACGAAUUGCAUCGUCAAACCAUUGAUCCUUUACCUACUAAUUCAAGUGAAGUCGAUUGGAGUAUUCCAACGAUUGAAAUAGACAAUGACAUUGAUAGUGACUAUGGCGAAGGGACAUUUCAGAUCCAUGGUGAAGAAUCAAGCAACGGGUGUUCGUUUGGUAUGGUUGAUAGAAUUAGUGAGUUAGAGUUAGGCAAUAUCGAUGAAAUUAUGUCCCGAGAAACACCUGUGUGAGGGGGGGGGGGGGGUGAGGUGAAAUAAAAAGAACCCUCAAUAAAUGACCCUUCUAACAUAUCGAAAACUCUUCAGAUGCACAAUGAACAUUAACGGGACUAAUUAAGCAACAUCUGAUAGCAUAGGAAAGUUGCCAAUUAAUCUUUGCUUUUCUUAGUUUUAUAGUAUACGGAAUUUAUAAUUCGAUAAUUUGAUAUUGAUUGGCGAAAUAUUGGUUUGUUGAAUACCAUACAAAUCACAUAUCGCUGAGACGCAGCCGAGGUUGUACAAAAUUUUUCAGUAGUACCGAGUUUCGAAAAUGUUCGAGUGAAAUGGUGUGUAUUGACAAUAUUUUGUCUUCUAUAUUCUUCAUGUCACUCUCCUCUUCACCACUUUCUCUUUUUCUCUCUACCUCACUCAAUUUUCUCUAUUUGGAGUUCAUGCCCCCCUCUCUCCCCCUUUCUUUCCAUUACUAUAUUUCUCUCUUCCUCUGUGCUCAUAUCUCUCUUCCUCAAACUUCUAUUUAUGAGAUACAUUUUUUAAUUGGAUUUUUAAAGGACAAGCCCAACAAAAAGUUUAUUUGAAUA